AAUAGAACUGAGCCUUUUCACUAUUUUGCCGAUUGAGUCAAACGCUAAUGUCGAACUACGAAUGCAAGCAGUUUACAGAAUGGUAUUUUCUCGCAGACGACGUGUACCCUUUCACAAUCGUGAUGGUGGUKAUAGUUUGCCUUUUUGUAUUACCAACGGUGGUCCUAAACGCGUUGAUUUUCGCCGCCGUUGUUCUUACGCCGACUCUUCAGACCCCUUCCAAUAUCUUGACUUGUAAUCUUGCAGCAGCCAACUUGGGACUUAUGGUUAUUAGUGUUCCUUUUGGAGCAGCUUGGAAGUUGUUAGAAUUGUACCAUCAUGACUAUGAUAUAGUAUGCAAMAUAGCGUUUGUCAAUUACUCGAUCGGUUCCUUCUUUACCGCCGGUAGUUACUUGACUCUGGCAUUUGCGACGUUGGAUCGGUACCUUGCGUUGAUUCUCCAUCUACGCUAUCCAGUGCUUGUCACCAAUGGAAGGGUCAUCAUCGCAUGCGUUUUCUAUUGGUUUACAUCUUUAAUUCAGAUUCCCUUUUUACUGUUAGGAGGGAAUACAUACUAUAUUUCUGCAUCGAUACUAAUAGUCCUUUUCUUCUUCAUCAUUGUGUUUUCUUACUCGCAAAUCUUCACUAUCAUCCGCCGUCAUCAUAGUCAGAUUACAAGCCAAGCAGUCAACACCACGACCCUUACUAUGACGAAUAGCAUGACGCGUUAUAGAAAGUCCGYGUUUAACCUUUUGUACGUUAUUUGUUGUCAGUUWRCUUUCUUAACACCUUAUUUGGUUAGCAUGAUUGUUCUUGCCUCUUAUGGAGUCUCGGUAUGGAGCAUUGGACUUUGGAGUGUUAGCAUUUGCUUCACAUAUMUCAACUCCUUCGUCAAUCCUUUAAUAAUUUGUAUGAGAUAUGGUGAGCUCCGAGCUGCAACUAAAGACAUUGCCAGAUCUUGCUGGAGAAGAGUAAAACGCCCGAUAAACCAUAUUAUUAUGCCAKCUUCAUCAAAUAAUCUUCCUCUACCACAAUAA